AUGACUGCCUCGUGGCUUCGCUUCCUGGCGGGGGCGUCUGUUCCGCUCCUCGCGCCUGCGCGCUGCGACUCUCCGCAGUCGCCUCCUCGGACUCCGAAAGAGCAGGUUGCGGCGCUCCUCGCGCAGCCGCCGCGACCGUUCUCGUCCUUCGCGCCGCUCUCCUCGUGGAUGGCCUCCAAGUGGACGAACUUUCGCCUGUGGACGGGUCUUCUGUCGGCGGCGAAAGUGUCUCCGUUUUCCGCCGCCGCGCCGGGGGCGGCUGCGCCCGGUCAGAGGAGACAGAAGGUCGUGAUUGUCGGUUCGGGGUGGGCGUCGGCCUCGUUCCUCGCGGGGCUGGACAUGACCAAGUACGAGCCGGUCGUGAUCUCCCCCCGAGACUACUUCACCUUCACUCCCCUGCUGCCGUCGGUGUGUGUGGGGACGUUGCCUGCGAGUGCAUGCAUGACGAGCAUGCGCGAGUUGCUGAUGCGCGGCGGCGUGCCUUGCGGCCAGUUCUACGAGGCGCGCGUCGAAGAGAUCUGCCCGGAGACAAAGACCGUCCGGUGUCGCGCGACACAGGCGAGCUUGAAAGACGCGCACGAGUGGGACGAGCCGUUCGACUACUUGGUGGUCACGGCCGGGGCUGAAGUGAACACCUUCAACAUUCCGGGAGUGAAGGAGAACGCGUUCUUCGUCAAGGAACUGGAGGAUGCGCGGCGCCUCAAGGCCGCAUUGUUUGACGUUGUCGAAGCCGCUGCGGUCCCGAGCGUCUCCGAGGAGGAGCGGAAGAAGCUGCUGCACUUUGUGGUUGUCGGCGCCGGCCCAACGGGAGUCGAAGUGGCGGCGGAGAUCGACGACUUCUUCCAAACCGAGGGCGCGCUCCACUUCCCCCACUUGAUGCCGUUUGUUCGCGUCACGCUCGUCGAGAUGCUCCCGACGGUCCUCGCAGCCUACAACGGCAGCGUGCAGGCCUUCGCGAAGCGCCUGUUGGAGGAGAAUCCUCGCGUCAAUCUCCUGCUUCAGACGCAAGUCGUCGGCGUGAAGCCGAACUCCGUGAAGGUUCGGACGCGACGCGCACAGGGCGCGGCCGGCCAGGUGCACGUUGAAGAGAACGAGCUCGCCUGCGGCCUCCUCGUCUGGGCCUCGGGAAUCAAGAGCCCGAAAAUCUGCCUCGACCUCGCCGGGAAAACCGCGGAGCUCCGCGAGGCGCAGAAGAAAACGCCCGUCCUCCUCGUCGACCAGCAGAUGAAGGUGCGAGGCUGCAGAGACAUCUACGCACUGGGCGACUGCUGCAGGCUCCUGCCGCCGCCCCUCGUCGAGCACGCAGAGACGCUCUUCGAAGCCGCCGCCGGCGGCGCCGGAACAGCCAGCACGGACUGGCUAGAGAAAGAGGCCCCGAAACUGAGCACGAUCUUCCCUCAGCUGGCCAGGAGCAAAUACGAUUUUUCCAAGAAGCCACGUCAGACGGAGAUGACCAAGGACCAAUUUGUCAAACUUCUCGCGGAAAUCGAUUUGGCGUAUCGUGCGCCGGCGCCGACGGCGCAGAACGCGAAGCAGGCGGGGCUCUAUUUGGCGCAAACGUUCAACGCGUUUGCAACUCCCGAAGAGAAGACACUGGCUCCUGCGUUCGUGGAGAAAAAUCGCGGCGCGCUGGUUUACCUCGGCCAGGGCCAGGCCGCCGCCGACAUCGAAGGUUGGCGGACCUUCCUCGGCGGGCGCGCGACGAUUCUUCUCUGGAAAGCCGCGUAUCUGCAGAUGCAAUUCACCUUUUACAACGCCUUCGCCUGUCUCGGCGGAUGGCUGAAAACGCACUUUGUGGGCCGCGCUGUCUGCCGAGAACACUUGGACGGCGAGACCGUCUACAGCGACAGGAGGAAGUGA